AUGAGCUCGCGGCUCGGCAUCUGCGCACCCCUGGCGCCACCGUGCCCGGGCAUCCACGCCGCGUUCAGGGCCUUCUACAACGUGACGCCGUUCGAGAGGUUCGCCUACCUGGCGUGCAACCAGGCCAUCCUGGAGGUGUUCCACGACAAGCGCAUGGUCCACAUUGUCGACCUCGACGUCGUGCCUGGCGGCGCGCUGCAGUGGCUCUCGCUCCUCCCCGCGCUGGUGGCCCGGCCAGGCGGCCCACCGUUUCUCCGUGUGACAGGCUUCGGCACGUCUGGCUCUGUGCUCCACGACACCGGCAACCAGCUCGCCGGUCUGGCUAGCAAGCUGAGCAUGCCGUUCGAGUUCUAUGCCAUCGCGAAGCGGCCCGGGGACGUCGACGCGGCGGCGGACGUGCUCAGCAAGAGGCCAGGGGAGGCCCUGGCCGUGCACUGGCUGCGGCACGCCAUGUACGACGCGGCCGGGGACGACGGCGCCACGACGCGGCUGGUGCGGUGGCUGGAGCCGAAGGUGCUGACUCUGGUGGAGCAGGAGCUAGGGGCGCCCGGGGAUGGUAGCGCCGGUCACGACCACGGCCACUUCCUGGACCGGUUCGUCUCCGCGCUGCACCACUACUCAGUGCUGUUCGACUCCCUGGGCGAGUCGCAGCCGGCCGACGAGGACGCGAGCAGGCACCUGGUGGAGCACGGGGUGCUCGGCAGGGAGAUCGGAAACGUGCUGGCGGUGGGCGGUCCGUCGCGGAGGGGGCGAGGGAAGUUCGGCUGCUGGCGGGCGAAGCUCGCCCGGCACGGGUUCCUGCGCGCCGGCACCGGCCGGCGAGCGCAGCUGGUGGCCGGGGCGUGCCCAGCGGGGCUGGGCUACACGGUGGCGGAUGACCACGACGGCACGGUGCGGCUGGGGUGGAAAGGCACCUCGCUGUACGCGACCUCCACGUGGACGUGGUGCCCCUCGCCCCACGUUAACCAAGUCAGCUAA